AGGAUAAUAAAUAAAUAUGGUUAAAAUUUAUGUUCACCCAUUUAUCAAUUAGAUAUUUAAAAUCUGACUACACAAAUGUAUUUACCAUCCCCCCCUUAACUCCCCAUUGUACUCUCAAUUCAGUAUUUACAACUUCCAAUGCUUUAAAAACACUAAUAUUUCCUAAAAAACUACAAUUCCCUAGAGAUUCCUCGAUUGUUGCAGUGGCUAAGGAUCACAGGUAAUGUAGCGUAGCCUUCUGCUAGCCAAAACUAUAUGUUUAUAUGCAUACUGCAUAUUCUAUUUAUUUUGUAUUUUCAUUUAUUUAUUUUUUAUUAUUUAUGUUUUUGGAUAAAUUUUUCCUACCAUUUCAGUCAGCCACUGGUCUGAUGACAUGUAGGCUGCAGCAUAAGUUUGUUUAUUUUGUCUCUCGUUCCCCUGCCUGGGCUCAGCCUGCCAGCUGCUGUCAAUCAAACACAGCGAUGUGCGGAUUGUUGGUGCUAUCAUUCAUUUUGGGCAGUGCGGACCCUCGCAGACAUAACCAGAUGACGAAAUUUAUGUCACACAGACCCUCAUGGCUACAUGGAAAUUUAAAUGCUAUGUGAAGGGCUCACUACUUCCUGUAUUGGAACAUAAAUCAUACCAAUUAUGAUUCCCAGGGCUGUUACAAAGAAAAACCCUCACUGGCUUCCCACCACCAAACAAAAUGCACAAUUUAGCCAGAAGUAUCACCACGGGGACUCGAACUCCAGAUCUCUGCAGUGGUAGACAAGAAUUUUAUCACCUAUGCACCCUUUUCCCUGUAUUCUUUCUGUCAUCCUUCCCUUUUCCCCCUAAAACAUAGUAGUUUAACCCAUCUGCCAUUCCCUCGUGAUUUGUAUUACCACCUCUCAUAGGAUGAGAUACUCGCUACUCAUCUCUUUGUUUACCUGUAAACACUAAACUUAUUAUAUCUAUCUUUGUUUGUUUGUUUCUUUCUUUCUUUCAUUCUUCUUCUUUCCUUCUCAUCUACAUACAGAACUCCCAUAAGGCGAGGGAAAGCUUGUUAAAGACGUCAGUGCUGAAGUUUGCUAUUCUCAGAGGAGAUAACAGGGAUCAAUUUUCACAGAUCGCCUUCACAGAUUUCAGCAAGUUCACUGCGCCUAGCCACUGAAAACACACACACACACAUACACACAAGGGCUUGCAAACUCACAUUGGGAUAGCAUCCAAAAAACAGUUUAUCAGUCAGUCUCUCUGUCUAAAGGCCUGUGAUAUUGCCUACAGGCUACAUGUAGAAUGCAGCAGAAGCAAAGGAGAAUGCAAACAGCUAAAAAAUAUAUUUUGUGUGUGUCUGUGUUUGUCUGGGUAUUUUUGCCGCAUGAAAUUAAUGCAUACAUGCUGUGAAUCCAGUGUAUUGUAGGUCUGUGUGUUCAAGUUUCGUUAUCAUCAGUAUAAAUGAAAACACUUUGGGAUAUAUGCGCAUAUGAUUUGUAUUUUGGCAGCUGCCUGUAAUGUGAUAGCUUGCUAUUCCUUUAAAAUCUCCAUAGGAUCAGCUGAUGCCCUCUGUGCUUUAGGUGUGUGUGUGUGUGCGUGUGUUUCUUCAGUUUGGUGUGACCGAGGACAUAAAUUCUCCCUGUCCUUCUGUAAUAAUAUAAAGUUUUACAUCAAUUUGGACUGACAAGCUAAGAUACGGUGAUUGCCACACCUCUCCAUGCCCAGCUGAUGCUCAACUCUCUGCUCCCGUCUCCAUUGAUCCAUCCAAAGCCAUGAGUCACCCGGGGACAUCGUCUCCCUGAGGGAUGACUACCACCAAUCAAUCCAACAGCUUUAGCUGACAAACAACAGAACAAGACAAAGUGGGGAAAAUGUGCCAUUUUGCUCUAUUUUGUCAUUCUCUGCUGUUGUAAUUUGGAUUCUCUGCUGUUGGAUUGUGGAUUCAAUUUCCUAUCUCUCUCUCGACUUACAGCCCUCCCCUAUCUCAUUUCUAUUUUUAUGGACAGGUGACCUGUAACUGGUUGGAGAGAGGGAGGAGAGGAGAACAAAUGGAAAGGGAGCAGAGAGAAAGAGGAUGAGAGAGAGAGUGCAGGAUUCCUCAUGCACAAGAGCCCCUCACUGCCGGCUUUUGAUUUGAAAAGAAUAAAUGGGACUUUGCCUAAAGAGGGCCAACAGGAUUUUGACAUCACUUCAGUUUUCUGCCCUGUAGUGGGCGUCCUCCCUUUUGUCUCAGUAGUAGUAAUGACUGUACACUAAAUACAGAAAACAGAAAUAACUCCUUUUUCAUAUAUUUCUCUACGCCCUUCUGCUACUUCUUACCUAGUGACAGUCCAUUGCCAUGGAGAAGACAUACUCACUAACUGCCCACUAUGAUGAGUUCCAGGAAGUGAAAUAUGGCGGUCGCUAUAGCAGUGACAUCCUCAGCAAUGGCAUGACCCUUCACUUGGGGGGCAGCCUGGACCGUCAUAUGGGACGAGGCCGGGGAGGGACCUUGUCGAAUGGUCGAAACAGAGAUCUAAGCAGCACCAGCAGCAGUGGAGGGCUUCCUCGAUGGAGCCGGAGGGAGAUCUGCCUCCUCUCGGCACUAGUCUUUGCAGCAGGCAUGUGUGUCAUCUUGGGCAGCAUGCUUGCACUCAAGUACAUUUCCCUGGACGCCCAGCAGGACCCACAGUGCCGACAGGACUGCCAACACAAACGCUCCCUGCUGCGAGCCGCACGCUUCGUUCAGGCCAAUAUUGACCCAACCAUCCAACCCUGUCAGGACUUCUACUCCUUCGCCUGUGGCGGUUGGCUGAGGCGCCACGGCAUCCCUGAGGACAAGCUCAGCUACGGCAUCAUCACCGCCAUAGGAGAGCACAAUGAGGAGAAACUACAGCGCCUCCUGCUGGAGCCGAUACAGAGGCGUGGGCCCAACUCAGCAGAGCGCAAAGUCAAGGAGUUCUAUCGAUCCUGCAUCAACAUCCAGGAGAUCGACAAGCUCGGAUCUGACCCCAUGACGGAGGUGAUAGACAGCUGUGGGGGGUGGGACCUGGUGGGGGCUCCGCCCGGUGCUGCUGGGUGGGACAGAGAGGGUGCCCCGCAGAGACCGGACUUCAAUGAGCUGCUGUACAGGACCCAGGGGGUGUACAGCACUGCUGUCUUCUUCUCCCUCACUGUCAAUGUGGAUGACAAAAACUCCUCGAGGAAUGCAAUCAGGAUUGAUCAGGAGGGGCUCACACUGCCUGAGAGAAGCCUCUACUUGGGACAGGAUGAGGACAGUGUGAAGAUCCUGGCAGCGUACAAGGCCCUGAUGGAGCGCUUGCUGAGCAUGCUGGGAGCUCACAACGCCACACAGAAGUCCAAGGAGAUUAUACAGCUGGAGACCCGUCUGGCCAAUAUCACUGUGUCAGAAUAUGAUGACCAAAGAAAGGACAUCAGCACCAUGUAUAACCGCAUCACCCUCAGGCAGCUACAGCGCAUCGCUCCCAGUCUUCACUGGAAACGCUUGCUGGACAGAAUCUUCUACGACAACUUCUCAGAAGACGAAGAGAUUGUGGUGCUCGCCACCGAUUACAUACAGAAAGUCUCUGACAUCAUAAAGACCACCUCGAAGAGGGUUCUCCAUAACUACAUGCUGUGGCGAAUUGUGGCAGCGCUAAGUGAACACCUGUCCACCGCCUUCCGCAGCACCAUCCAUGAGUUUUCUCGGGAGAUUGACGGCACAGAGCAGCAGCUGGAACUGAGCAGGCUCUGCCUCACUCAAGCCAACAAACACUUCGGCAUGGCCCUGGGAGCCCUGUUCGUCCAGCAACACUUCUCCUCACAGAGCAAGGCCAAGGUACAGGAGCUGGUAGAGGACAUAAAGCACUCCCUGGACCUCCGGCUGCACGAGCUGGACUGGAUGGAUGAAGCCACCAAGGAGGCUGCCAGAGCAAAGCUGAAGCACAUGAUGGUGAUGACGGGAUACCCAGACUUCCUGCUCAAACCUGAGCUCAUAGAUCAAGAAUAUGGGUUUGAUGUGGACGAGAAGACCUAUUUCAAGAACAUCCUCAACAGCAUCAAGUUUAACAUCAAGCUGUCAGUCAAGAAGAUCCAUGAAGAAGUGGACAAGACGACGUGGCUUCUCCCCCCUCAGGCCCUCAAUGCCUACUACCUCCCUAACAAGAACCAAAUGGUGUUUCCUGCCGGCAUCCUUCAGCCCACUCUCUACAACCCUGAGUUCCCACAGUCUCUGAACUAUGGAGGAAUAGGAGCUAUCAUUGGCCAUGAGCUAACACAUGGAUAUGAUGACUGGGGGGGCCAGUAUGACCGCCAUGGCAACCUCAAACAGUGGUGGACAGAGGAGUCCUACAGAAAGUUCCAGACGAAGGCUGAAUGUAUCGUCAAGCUCUACGAUAACUUUACUGUUUAUAACCAGAGGGUGAAUGGUCGUCUGACACUGGGGGAGAACAUAGCAGACAUGGGAGGACUCAAGCUGUCAUAUUAUGCGUAUCAGAAGUGGGUGAGGGAACAUGGUCCAGAGAGGCCCCUGCCUGGCCUCAGAUACACACACGAACAGCUGCUCUUCAUUGCCUUUGCACAGAACUGGUGUAUGAAGAGAAGAUCUCAGUCUAUCUACUUGCAGCUACUGACUGACAAACAUGCACCAGAGCACUACAGAGUGAUUGGCAGUGUUUCCCAGUUUGAUGAGUUUUCCCGUGUUUUCCACUGUCCGAAGGGUUCGCCAAUGAACCCUGUGGACAAAUGCUCUGUAUGGUGACCUCUCCGCCCUCCUGUUGACCUUAGGAUGAAGUUCAUCUUCACAGGCCCCACCCACUAACACAACUUGUCCUACAUCACACAUUCAUCAGAGCCAACAGGACGAUACAGAGUGCAUAAAGCCUAUUCUUGCCUAUAAAGGAUACAGGAAGGAAAUGUAUCUUUUCAACAUUAUCAGUACACAUGUUUUCAAUUAGGAAAGUUUAUACAAUUGCCCAUUGUCUGUACUAACCAACCUAAAGCAUGGGUCACAUGACAAUUGAUCAUGUACAUAUACAGUAUAUCAUUUGAUUAUAUAUAUAUUUUUCUAUGUUUACAUUUAUUUUCAAAUCAUCUAUUUUUCUAUUUUAGCAGAUACAUUAUGUGUAGGAUUCAUAAGCUAUUUGGUUUUUAAUUAAACAACAUGUUUCCUCAAUUGUUUCUCGUCUUUGUAGCAUCAACUAGAAAAACUUCAGCAUAUCAGAAGAUUAAAGAUUGGCAGCAACAGCUUUCAGUCCCCAAUGUAAACCAGACAAGGACCAAUUUAAAACGAACUGAGACCAGUAGCAUCCUUGUGCCUGCCAAAAUAUUGGUGUUCUUUCGAUUUGGUAUUGGAGUUUGAUGUGUGUCAUAAUGCUGCGCUCUUGUGGCUGCAGAGAGUAAUGGUCACUGUUCAACCAUCAUGACUGUUGUAUUGUUUGCCUGCAUUGGUCUCUUGUUACUGUGAGUGUUUGUACGGUUUUUAAGAUUUGUCAACUUUUUUAGAAAAAGAAGGUGGACUCGUGGUGGAUGCUUUUCUCAGGAUUUGUAGCACAGUGCUGCGCCAAAUGGAGGAUCUUCAUGUCUCUAUCUACAUUCAACUCUUCAGCCUAUGCUACAGUCACAAAGGAGCUGGUAUGUUUAGCAAAUAUUUUAGCUUUUUGGAGGGGAAAAAAAAGAAGAGAAGAAUGUUUUUCCUCGCUGGAAUUCACAGCAUGGGUAACAACUUGACCCUAUUGGAUGAGCUGAUUUAAGAGCCCUUUCUAUUGGAAAGGGAAGAACCUCUGCUAUUAGAUUAUUCACAUCUCUGUUUCCUGAUGAACUGUGAAUGAUCGUAUACAACCUGGGAUUCAAGUGAGAGGGAGAGCGUGAGGUCACAUCAUACACAGUUUAUGCACAGUUAAGAAGCCAACACUCUGUACAUAAGAAAGUGUAACUAUGGUAGAUGGAGAAUCAUGCAUUUGUAUGCAGUGUUAUUUAAAAAAAAAAUUACUUUUGUAUAAAGAACAAAAAAUAAGAAUCUUUGUACAGUGGAGAAGUAUAUCAGAUGUUAUGGUUGUACAGUUUGUUUUGAUGAGAGUGCAUGUUUCCCUUCUGACCAUCAUUAAAUUCUGAUCGAUAUAUAUGGAGGACACACAUCUGACUCUACAGCUGCUAUUCCAGACGUGGCUGCUAUCUCUUCCUCUCUGUUGGUCACCGUUUAAUGUUUGAAUAAAUACAAAGGAUCACUGUG